CAGAAAACUGAAUGGUUACCAAACAGACCCCAGUGUUUUCAUAAGGAAGAUCGAGAGACCCGGCCGCCUCUGGAAUGUCUUGUAUCAGAUGAACCAAUGGAUGCAUCAAUUACAAAUGUUAGAAAUGUGGAAAUUGGAAAGCACAAAGGUAAUACUGACCAAGUUGAGGCUUUCAAAUCUUGUGUUGAUGACAUAUUCACAAAGGUUGAUAAGCUUGAGCAAAGAGUGAAUGAGGUUGAGCUAUUCUACUUGACCGCUAGCAAAAGGCAACUGAAUGGUUAUAAAGGUAGCUCAGUCCUUAAAGAUAAGGAGAGGCAUGUUGCCAGUGCAAAGAAGCAGCAACAAGAUGCAUCACGCAGAGAAGCAGCUGCUGCGAAGAGAAUGCAAGAGCUUAUGCGUCAGUUCGGCACAAUAUUGCGUCAGAUCAUGCAACACAAGUGGGCUGGGCCCUUUUUGCAUCCUGUAGAUGUUGAAGGCCUUGGUUUGCAUGACUACUAUGAGGUAAUUGACAAGCCCAUGGACUUCAGUACAAUAAAGAAUCAAAUGGAAGCUAAGGAUGGUACUGGAUAUAAGAAUGUCAGGGAGAUAUGUGCGGAUGUGAGGUUGGUUUUUAAGAAUGCAAUGAAAUACAAUGAUGAGAGACAUGAUGUUCAUGUUAUGGCCAAAACUUUAUUGGGAAAGUUUGAGGAGAAGUGGCUGCAACUUCUGCCUAAAGUUGCAGAAGAGGAAAAAAGACGAGAAGAGGAAGAAGCAGAGGCGCAGUUAGACAUGCAGCUUGCUCAGGAGGCUGCUCAUGCCAAAAUGGCAAGAGAGAUAAGUAAUGAGGUAUCUUACGAUAUUGAUUUUCAUCUGGAAGAAGUCAGAGAAAUGGUUAUUCGGAAGUGCAGAAAAAUGUCAACUGAAGAGAAAAGGAAACUUGGAGCAGCCCUCUCUAGAUUGUCCGCUGAAGAUCUGAGUAAGGCUCUGGAGAUUGUUGCACAGAAUAACCCGAGCUUUCAAGCCACAGCUGAAGAGGUGGAUCUUGACAUUGAUGCACAGACGGAGUCGACCUUAUGGAGGUUAAAGUUUUUUGUGAAGGAUGCAUUGGAAGUUCAGGGAAAGAGUUCAGCAAGCAAGGGGGACAACACCAACACCACCACCACUGCCACCAACAACAACAAACGGAAAAAAGAGAUUUGUGAUGCUAUUGCCAAGACUGCAAAGAAGAAGAGUAAAAAGCUCCCUCUCGAUUAAUCUUGGAGAAUUGAGAGCGAUGCUUUCUGUUUCCCAGAUGGGGCCAAGAGCAGAUUUCGAAAUCCUUUUCUGUGUAAAUCCAUUCGCUGCUGGUGCUCUGGACCAUGAUUGUAAAGUCGGAUUUUAUGGAUCAACAAUUUGUUCACUUUUUGUUGUCUUCUGAUUAUCUUGAUCUGUUCUGCUUCAAUUUUUUUUCCUCGCUUAACAUUCUCUUUCAUCUGAAUCCUCGGCCUGUGCUUAAAAGCUAGCUUAAAUUGAUGGCUUUCUUUCAA